AUGUCGUACCUCUCGACGUCGACGCACUUGAACAACUGGAUCUUCUCCCCCCACGAGCUCGCGCGCGUGCGACGGCUGCAGCACCUCAAGACCAAACGCACGCUGCGUCUCGAGCGUGAACAGUCUCUGAAGCCCGAAGCUCCCGCUCCCAGCAGCCGCCAAGCGCGAUCCUUUGCCGCGCUCGUGCCGCGCUCGUCCACUUCGAGACGCGAUGCUUUCGACUGGAAAGACGCGGUGGACGGGGACCUUGCCGCCCAAGAAGAGGCCGAGGAGAAGCAGCAGCUGCAGCUGAGUCCAGUGUUGGAGCUCCUGAGUCGGGAGCAGGAGACGCUCCUUCGGACGUUCUAUGAGGAGAAGAUCCAGGAGAGCUGCAGUGCCCAGUUCCUUCGGACGUCGGACAAGGUCAAGUGCUGUGCGCUCAUGCUGUUCAAGAGGUUUUACCUGAGCAACAGUGUGAUGGAGUUCCACCCAAAGUACCUCGUUCCGACCGUCAUUUACGUGGCGGGCAAGGUCGAGGAGCAGUACAUUUCAGUGGACACGGUCGCCGAGCACCUCCAUGUUGACCAUCGCGUCAUCAUUAGCCAUGAAAUGAUCUUGCUAGAAGGCGUGCGGUUCCAAUUGAUCAUGUACCACCCCUUCCGUGCACUCUUGGGCUUUCUGGAUGAUUUCCGGGCUUUUGCCAAGCAAGUGCAGAGCAAGGAUUUACCUGCGACGGUGCUGCAGAAACUCCACGCAGAGUCGACCACAGUGCUGCACGAGAUGCUGGUGACAGAUCUACCGCUGCUUCACUAUCCGUCGUACUUGGCGCUUGCAGCGCUGUGGCAUGUAACAGGCGAGGUGGCUGCAAGCUCGGGUGAAAAGGCGUGCGGACUUUUGAAAGAGGACGUCCUGAGUUACGUCGAAGGCAGUAAGUUCUCAAAAGGUCAGCUUGUCGACGAUGUAUUUCAGCGACUCAAGCAGAUCACACAGGCGUAUGAAGCGCUGACAGUAGAAAAGCUGAAGCGGGGCAAUGAAGCAGUGCUGGAUCGUGCGAAGCAGGUUAAACGCAUUUACAAGAAGCUGAAGCAGUUCCACCACGAAGACGAGAAGAAGGACAAGAAGACGAAAAAGGGUGACAGUAAGAAGAAGGACAAGAAGCGCCGAGACGGGGCCAAGGACGACAAGAAGACGAAGAAGAAGGUGAAAAAGCAAAAGACGGACAAGGCUUGA